GUUGUGCGACCUCGGCGUACGCAAUGCGACUCGGGUAAGGAUUACAGAUGCGAGGAAGGUGCUCCAAGAAGUGAGACUGCAGUCGUCCAGCGUUCCUGGGGGACCUUAGGUGGGCACCAUGAAGGCUGUGUUUGUCCUUCUAGCCCUGGCCGUAGCCCUUGCUGCCGUCCAUGCCGGCUACUACGGCGGACACUACGGCGGCUACUAUAGUUACUACCCGACCUACUAUCACGGACACCACUAUCGCCCUCACUACUACAGCAGCUAUUUUCCGUAUUUCCGUAAGCCCUGCAACGGUCACUACCACAGGAAGGAGGAACAUGACGAAAGACGCAAGGAGACUUUGGCCAAGUGCAAGGAAGAGGAAAGACAACGGUACAUGGAAGAAGAGAAAAGACGCCAAGAGCUAGAAGAGCAGCGUGAGAAGGAGAGGCAAGCGGAGGAGGAAGCGAGGAAGAAAAAGGACGAAGAGGACAAGAAGGAUGGAAAGGAUAAGCAUCACUACUAUCCGAGGUCUUACUACCCGUACAAGUACGGAUACUACCACUGGCCAAGUUACUACUAUUCCCCAUGGACCUACAAGUACAGGAGUUACCGACCACGGUACAGAAGUUACGGCUAUUAUAGACCCAGCUAUAGAAGUUACGGAUACUACAGACCGAGCUACAAGUACGGGAGUUACGGCGGAUGGUGGGGGUAGUAUCAUGGACGUGAGUUGUCACCACGCACGGCGUACGUAAUAUCGCAGCCUAUCAACAAGGAUGUCUACGGCACAAUCGGCCUUGGAUGUCUACGCAAGCUUUAUCACGAUAAUUCGUAGCCAUGUCAAUACAAGGCAAAAAGGUCUUGCUGUUUCCUGUUUGUCCAGCAGUCAUUACUGGUCAUACUACAGGAACAUAUUAUUCCAGCCAUGCUCACCUGUGUCUAUGAUAAAGAUUAGCGAUGCUUAUCAGCCAUUAAUGAGCUUUUCUCAGCUUUCUCGUCCACGCCGAUGCAGCGGCUCUGUACUUCUUUCUUUUGACCCUACGGGAUGUUGUUGGGAGCUGCCCAGCGACGUGCACACAAACAGGAAUGCUUUUCCUGUUACAGAGAAGGCUGCAAAGAAAAGGUCAAGCCAGGUAUACUGGUAACACGCUCACUUAUUUUGAUAGCCUUCGACGACCAAAUAAACGACGAUGCCAAGCAUUUGCUGUGAUGUUAGCAGCGAUAAACUUGCUGUGAACUUUCAAUAAACAUCUUAUCCAAGG